AUGGCCGAAAGCAGCAGCGCCGAUGCUGGUGCCCCGAACCUGAACCUAGGCCCCGACGAGAAGCGAGUCUACGGCCAGCUCUUCCGACAAGCAGACACCGAGAGUGUCGGGGUGGUCACUGGAGAGAUCGCCGUCAAGUUCUUCGAGAAGACCAGGCUGGACUCGAGGAUACUCGGUGAGAUCUGGCAGCUCGCCGACCAGGAGAACCGUGGCUUCCUCACCCCGGCCGGCUUCGGCAUUGCCCUGCGCCUGAUCGGACACGCCCAGGCUGGCCGUGAACCGUCGCUACAAGUCGCCCUACAACCCGGCCCCAUCCCACGAUUCGAUGGCUUCACGCCCGCCCCUCCUCCGCUCGCUCCCGCUCCCACCGGCUCUCCUCAACCCAUCUCGGCCCAGGGCACCGGGAACGCCCCCAUCCGAAUCCCUCCCCUGACUCCAGAUAAGGUCGCGCAAUAUGCUGGUCUCUUCGAGCGCCAACAACUCCAACCUGGCAGCCUGCUGGGUGGAGAGCAGGCGAGGCAGAUAUUCGAGAGGUCGAACCUGCCAAAUGAGACACUGGGCCGCAUCUGGCAGCUCGCCGACACAGAGCAGAGGGGCGCGCUCGUGCAGACCGAGUUCGUCAUCGCCAUGCACCUGCUGACCAGCAUGAAGUCUGGUGCGCUCAGAGCCCUUCCCAACAUUCUCCCGGCCCCUCUGUACGAGGCUGCUACACGGCGUGGCUCUGCUGCUGGAAGGCCACAGAGCCCAAGUGGCCCAACCGCGCCCAUUUCUGCUAUACCCCGCCAGCUUAGCGGACAGGCUGGGCAUCAGAUUCCCAUGCGGACAGCCUCUCCAAUAGCCGGUGCCCAUGGAAGAUCUCCUCUAGCACCUCAAUCCACUGGCGAUGCGUGGCUCAUCACACAGGCUGACAAGCAACGCUUCGAUGUUAUCUACGACAGCCUUGACAAGACCAAGAAAGGCUUCAUUACGGGCGAAGAAGCGGUUCCGUUCCUGAGUCAGUCCAAUCUUCCAGAGGCUGCCCUUGCAAAUAUCUGGGAUCUUGCAGACAUCAGGUCCGAGGGCCGUCUCAACCGGGACGAGUUCGCCGUGGCCAUGUACUUGAUCCGGCAACAGCGCAUGAAACAGGGAGAUCUGCCACAAGUCCUGCCACAAAACUUGAUACCGCCCAGUAUGAGAGCUCAAGCGCGCCCGUCUACUGCUACGAAUGCUUUCGAUGCACCACCACCUCAGCAACAGGCCCCCGUCCAACCGCCUCAGCCACCCAAGCCAGUCUCUGCUCUUGACGAUCUCUUCGGGCUGGAGUCUGCGCCUGGUCCGGCAGCAGCAGCCCAGGGCCCUGCGCCAACCGGCGGUUCCGCAGCAAAUGACCCAUUCGCAGGUAGCGCCAGCCCCCUCGCUCCAGCAUCGCCAGCCCGAGCCUCGCCGACAACCACAGGAAAUUUCAAGCCUUUUGUGCCCUCUUCUUCUUUUGGCCGUUCUUUGAACCCUCAAGCCACGGGAGGAUCGGCAUCAGGAUCUCAGCCUGCGCCUCCACAGCCUGCAAUAGCAGAAGAUCUCCUGGGUGACUCGGAACCUCAAACUCAGGCCAAAGGCAAUGAUAUGAAUGAGACGAUGGAGCUUGCGAACCUAUCCAACCAAAUAGGGACGCUUUCGAAAUCGAUGCAGGAUGUGGCAGGGCAGCGUAAUGCCACGCAGAACGAGCUCACGCAAACCUCACAGCAGAAGAAGAACUUUGAGCAGCGUCUUGCUCAGCUUCGCACUCUGUAUGAGAACCAGGCGAAGGAGGUACGCGAGCUACAGGACAAGCUCAACGCCUCCCGCAACGAGACGAAGAAGCUCCAGGCAGAGAGUCUUGCUCUUGACGGCACGCUUCAUGAUCUACAGACUCAGUACCAGACUGUUGCGACGGCCCUGCAGGCUGAUCAACAGGAGAACGCCAACUUGAAAGAGAAGAUACGAGCUGUUAACGCAGAGGUUGCUUCUAUCAAGCCCCAGAUCGAGAAGCUCAAAUCUGAAGCUCGCCAGCAAAAAGGCCUGGUGGCCAUCAACAGGAAGCAGCUGACGACUAACGAGGGUGAACGCGACAAGCUCAAGACAGAGGCUGAAGAUCUGACCAAAGAGAACUCCGAGCUGGCAAGACAACUUAGCCAAAGUCCCCCGCCGAAUCCUCCGCCCCAAGUCGCCAGUCCUGCCCUUAGUAAUGCCAGUGGUAGCAACCCUUUCUUCCGGAGGACAGGUAGCACGGACAUGAUGGGCGCCUUCGCCAGCCCCGGCGCACCCAAGACCUACAAUGACAAGUCUUUCGACGACGUCUUUGGCCCUGCUAUCCCAGCUUUCAAGCCUCAGACCACAGGGGCCUCGGCCGCUAGCACCGGGUCGUUCGCCACGCCCACAUCAAACAGCCCCAAUGUGAGCAGGAACCCGACCUUUGCGAAUGAAGCGUCCGCACCAGCCCCUGCCCCGCCUGAGCCGCGACAAGUAUCGACUCCCGCUGCAGACCCAGUCACUUCUGCACCACUUGAGGCAACAGCCACGGGGGGCUCGACUGCCGAAACCAAGGACCCGGAAGUCAAGCCGGCCGAUCCCGGCUCCUUCUUCGAUGGGACAAAGUCUGAUACUCCCGCCGGCUCUGGUGGUGACCCCUUCUCGGCCAUGGACCAAGCCAAGGCCAAGGAUGACUUCGAGAGCGCUUUCGCCAGCUUCAAGAACUCAAACGCGCCGAAGUCUGCACCAGAGGAUGCGUCUACGACAGAGCAGCCGAAGGCUCGGUCGGCUUUUGACUCGGAAUUCCCUCCCAUCUCUGAGCUUGAAAAAGACGACUCCUCCGAUUCUGAAGAUGAUCAGGGUGGCUUUGAUGACGACUUUGCCCCAGCAAGUCCUUCUGCCAACCCAGCGGACAAGGCGGCAUCGCCAACCCUGGCCAAGGCAGUCGCCCCGGAUGCGCCAGCUGCCGGACCUGACGAGACUGCCCAGAGCAAAGCGGACGAUGUUUUCGGUAGUGCCCCACCGCCUGGCAGCUUCGAGCCCGAGCCGACGCCAAGCACCGAGGCUCCGGCUGCUGCCGGCAGCGAUGGUACGACGACAGGAAUGUCGAAGCAAAGCUCUACCUUUGAUGAUCUCGACGACGACUUCGCCGACCUUGAGGAUGCGAAGGAGGGGUCAACAGCCGACGAUGACUUCCAGACCAUCAGCAGAUCUGGUCUCGACGACUUCAACGCCACUUUUGACAGUCCGCCUCCAGCGGCCAAGAGUGAGGCGGCCGCAGCUCCACCGGGCAGCAGCCACGGCCCUGCAGCCCCGUUCAGCAACGAGAGCACCUUUGACUUUGCGAGCAUUGACAACACCGCCUCCCAAACCUCUGCCGCGGCUCCGGCCGAGGGCGCCCCCAAGGGCCCCACACAGCCGGAUAACCACGACUGGGACGCCAUCUUCGCCUCGCUCGAUGACGCACCACCAACACAGUCGGGAACCCCACCACCUCCGGGAAGCGCAGGCAGUGGAGCGGCUCCGCCUGCUGUCGCCGCGGCGGCAGCAGAGCCCAGCAAGGAAGCUGGCAGCAUGGACUCCUCACUGGGCCCGGGCCCAGGCCCACCGGCCCGGGCAGGGCUCUAA